UUCCUGUCGCUCUCGUGUCGAUUUUAGCUGAUGGGUUUCCGACCCGAAAAUCCAGGGACGACGGCGCAAUCCUGAUAGUGGACCUUCGGAUGUGGGCAUGCUAACGGCCAGCUGCGCUAGCCGUGCCCAUUGCCGCCAAUGGACGAUGCUAGCGACGGUAAAAGCGUGGCUCUGUCAUCGCUAGGCGAUGACGAUCAACUCGCAGGCCGGACUCGCUCCGGGAGCGCCAGCAGUGGACACAAACGCAGCUCCUCCGGCUCUUUACUUUCCAAGCUCUCCUUUCUGCGGAUGAUCCAGGCCACCCAGAACACCCCCGAGAGAAGCCAUUCGGGCCUCGACCGACCCGAUGGCGACGAUUUCGGCGCCAGCUUACGGGGCGGCAGCAGGGCCAUGUCGAGUGCCUUGCAACAUCGGCGAACGCGGAGACGGAGGGGCUCGCUGAGAAAGGCAGCCUUACUGAGCACGAGACUCGACUUUCGCGACAAAAAGACCAAUAGAGCCCCGGUCGACGUCUUACGUGCAGACGAACCCUCCGAGCAGCACCACCGACCACAGCACCCGCAUCUUUUCCCUCCGCAUACACCUCCGUCGCUCCCUUCAAACUCCACGACGCCAUUGCGACCGUUGGCCUCGCCCAUUUCCCCCGAGCACGAAAUCACUCCUCAUGAACCCUCGUACCGGGAGGCAACCAAUUCGGGAGAGAAUUCGGAAUGGAACAUGAUGAAUGCGCCCCAACGAUCCCUCUCCACCUCCUCCCCUUCCGCUCCGCGACACCAGCAGAAUCCCUCGAAAGACAGCCUAGGCGAGAUCACCACCGAUGAGGAGGAUAUCAUGUCGUUCCCCCGAGUCAAAAAUACCAACGCGGCCGUUGCUGCCGCCGCGGGGUUACAUCUUCCGGCUGCGUCACCGAGCUCGGAUUCAUACUAUGCGCUCCAGGCGGACCCGAAAUACCGGGCCAUGCACCGGGCGAAAUCGCCUCUCGCAACGCAUCCAGCGGACAUGACGACCAGCCAGGAGAUGGUGUGGGACUACUCGGAGACGGAGUGGUGGGGCUGGAUUAUCUUGAUCGUGACGUGGCUCGUUUUUGUGGUCGGGAUGGGAAGCUGCUUUAGCGUCUGGAGUUGGGCGUGGGAUGUAGGCGAGACUCCGUAUGCGCCUCCGGAGCUGGAGGAUGAUCCCACCCUGCCUAUCGUGGGGUAUUAUCCUGCUCUGAUCAUCCUAACGGCGGUCAUGUCCUGGGUGUGGGUGAUCAUUGCGUGGGUAGGGAUGAAGUAUUUCAAACAUGCGAAUAUAUCUGGGGAAGAUAUAUGAAUGUGGUGAUUUCAUCUGCCGAAAUGCUUUCUUUUUGCGUUUCAUUCCUAUGCACAUGCCUUUGGCUCCACUAUCCGAUAGAUGUAAUUUCUAAUGCAAAUCCACAGAAGCCCCCGUGAGAAGGCUAUAUUAAAUGAAAUAUCUCCAUAUUCCACCCAAAUCAGAAAGGGAAAGAAACGAUAUAACCCCAAGAUAACUCCAUAUUUCCCGACUCCGAUAUCAACCCGUACAUCUAACCGCUGCCCUAUAUGAUUCAGUUCGUAUAUCUC